AAGACGGACGUUUGGCUACGUAAUCAUCCCAUACACCAAGCAUUCUCUGCAGAAGACAGACGACACAAAAAAAUAAGAACAAUGAAAUUCCUCCUGGUCAUUUUUCUGGUAGCCGCAGCAUCAGCAGCUCCUCAGAACCGCCAAGAUGCACAGAUCCUACGAUACGACUCAAAUAACGCCGGCUUGGAUUCUUACAACUUCGUUUGGGAGUUGUCGGAUGGAACAAAACAUGAAGAACAAGGCCAGCUUAAGGACCAGGGAACGGAAAACGAAGGGUACGUGGUCCGUGGGGAGUACGGAUGGGUCGGCCCCGACGGUGUCGAAUACCUCAUCACCUACGUGGCUGACGAAAAUGGAUUCCAACCGCAAAUCCAACAAGGUCCUGGCGGAGCUGUCCCGUCAGCUGUUGUAGCAUCCCUUCUAGGUUUCCCCGUAGAAAGAACAAAUCUAAAAAUGAAACUGUUGGUAUUCCUGUGUUUAGUGGCUGUAGCAGCAGCGGCACCUCCUCCCUCAUACACUCGUACUAACAGUGUUGAUGCUGAGGUCAGAAGCUAUGAGAAUGACAAUGACGGUCUCGGUGGCUACAGAUACUACUUCGAACAGACCGAUGGAACAAAGCAAGAACAAAAAGCUGAGGUCCGCAAUGCAGGACGUGAAGACCAAUACCUCGCCAUCACGGGAUUCUACUCCUGGUUCUCUCCUAAUGGCGUAGAGUACAUAGUUAAGUACACUGCUGACCAGGAUGGUUACAAUUCAGAAAUCGAAGAGGGUCCCGGUGGAGCACCUCCAGCGCUUGUAGCCUCUCUUCUCGGCUAAACUUAAGACCUACAACCAUCGUUAACUAGUCCACGUCGUAAAUUAGUUCUUAUUUUGCUAAAAAAUAAAAAAGUUCCAUUAAAAA